AUUAUCGUUGUUGUUAUAAUGGAGGACGUUAAAACAACUUUCAACGGUGAACUUAUCGUCCAGAUUAUAGGAGAAACAGCUGUGGUUCCAGCAGAGGAAACACCUGAGGAUUUACAUUUCUUGUCAAACUUGGACACCAUGGUGGCUAUGAUUGACACUUUUUACUGUUUUAACAAAAUACUAGACGUUGGCAGAUUGGAUGCAGCUGAAGUCAUCAAAGAUGGUCUAGCGAAAGUACUUGUUUACUACUAUCCUCUUGCUGGACGCAUCACUAUGAAUGAAAAGCGUAAAUUUAUGGUCAAUUGCAUAGGUGAAGGUGCUCUUUUUGUUGAGGCAGAGGCCAACCUUACGUUGGAAGAAAUCGGUGACUUCACGAAACCUGAUCCUGUUACUUACGGGAAGCUUGUUUAUGGCCUUCUUGAUCCAAGAAACAUACUACAAAAUCCUCUACUUGUGGCUCAGGUGACCAAAUUCAAGUGUGGAGGGUUCGUUCUUGGGAUAACCAUGAAUCACGCUAUGGCCGAUGGAACCAGCGCAAUGGAGUUUAUGAAGUCGUGGGGUGAAGUUACGCGAGGACUGCCGUUAACAAGCCCACCAUUUCUAGAUCGAACUAUAUUCAAAGCACGAAACCCACCUAAGGUAGAUUUUACCCAUGAGUAUGAAGACAUCAUAGAUGUAUCAAACACUGAGGCUCUCUUCGAACAAGAAACGCUUAUUAAUAAGUCCUUUAUCUUUCACCCUGAGAAUCUAGAACUACUUAAGAAAAAAGCUAUGGAAGAUGGAGUUUCACAAAGGUGUACUAGUUUUGAAGUACUUACGGCUUUGAUGUGGAGGGCUCGAACUCAAUCGUUAAGACUUGAUCCUCAUCAGCAAGUAAGGCUACUCUUCGCAGUUGAUGGGCGGUCAAGACUAGACCCAAAAUUGCCAAAAGGUUACUUUGGCAAUGCAUUCCUGAUGAUGAAUUGUCAAUGUAGCGCGAGUGAGAUGUUGGACAACCCACUGUCAUCAACAAUACAGAGAAUUCAAAAUUUAAUUAAGUCGGUUACAGAUGAUUACGUAAAAUCAACCAUAGAUUUCUUAGAAGAGCCAAAAAGAAUCCAACCUCAAAGUUCCACGGUAUUCUUAAGUGCUUGGUCUAAGCUAGGAUUCAAUAGUAUGGAUUUUGGUUGGGGAGAACCCUUUUUUGCAGGCCCGCCUAGGUUAGCCAUAAAAGAAGUGGUGUUAUUCUUAGCCCAUGGAAAAGAUAACAAAGGCAUAAAUUUGGUUCUUGGUUUGCCUGCUUCUUCAAUGAAGAUCUUUGAAGAACUAAUGGAAGUGUACAAGAAAUCCAAGACACCUCUAGCUCUAUUAUAGAGAAAUUUCUAUUCAAUGAGUCAUGUGUAUGGUUUGGAGCAGGAUCUCGGGGCUCGAAAAAAAAUCGGACUAGUAGCUUUCGUCGAGCCCAUAAGUUAGUAAAAAAUAAUAAUUAAGCUUGUAUACUAUUUAGCCCAGGUGGUCCUUUCAUAAGUCCGUCCCUGAUUUGGAACACUGAUAUGCGAAUUUAUGUUUAUGGUUUGGAUAUUUCAAAUGUUUGAAA